AGUGAACUGGAAUCUAGCUACCAUCAUCGUCAGUGUCACAUCUAUCGCUGUCGUCGUGCAGUAUGUUAUCCACCACUCGCUCAUCAGCUAGCCGGGCAUCAGCUCAUCAUUUACAAUGUCUUACUCGCUCAUUAACAACCGACUCCACCACUUCUCACAAUGUCCUCACUCCACCACUCCACAUCUCGAAGCCAGAGACAAGCAAGUCUCGUCAGUCACAAUUAUAUCCGCGCCCGCGUCCAGCCGUUCCCCGUCAACGACAAGCACUCCCAACUCUUCCUGCAAGCUUCGGGCGGAACCAAGUCCUACCGGUACCAGACUCCACUCGCGCCCUUCUAGAAGACAUCGUAAGAUCGUUCGAAGCGCCCAUUCGAUACGCGUUUGCCUAUGGAUCUGGUGUUUUUGAGCAGGCCGGGUAUGAGAAGCAGAAGGAUAAGGAAGACAGGCCGAUGCUGGACUUCAUAUUCGCGGUCACGCAUUCGGACCACUGGCACUCAAUUAACAUGCAACAGCAUCCCGGUCAUUAUCCCCUGCAUGCACGCGUACUAGGGUCAUCGUUUGUCUCCAAAACGCAAGAGCUCAGCCCUGGGCUUUGGUUCAAUACUUUUGUGCCGGUGAAGGGGGUCAAUAUCAAGUAUGGAGUGACGACCGUCGACACGCUAUGUGCUGACCUGCUUAACUGGCGCACACUUUAUCUUGCGGGGAGGAUGCACAAGCCUCUGCGGAUUAUCAAGGACGAUGCACGCGUACGACUGACUCAGCAAGUCAACCUCACUUCUGCGCUUCGCACUGCCCUUCUCAUGCUCCCGGAAUCCUUUACUCAACGCGAGUUAUUCUCAGCUAUAGCAGGAAUAAGCUACUCUGGUGACCCUCGAAUGGUGCUCCCAGCCGAGAAUCGAGGAAAGGUGGAGAAUAUGGUCUCUCGUCAGGAGGACCAGUUUCGGGAGUUGUAUUGGAGGCUUGCGCAGGGCCUUCCUGGGGUCCGGUGGGCGGCGGGUUCCAAGAGCGUGGAACAGGAUACCAGUCCGCAUGCGAGAGCAGCGCAUCUCAAGAAAUUGCCGGAAGAGCUGUUGAAGCACGUUCAUCAGCGUGCCGAGGGGCGUGGUCCGCCUAGAGAGGCGGAUGAGAGCGCUUAUUGGCUCCGUAUCGCAGGCGACAAGGAGCUUCCCUCGAUUCUUGACUCUGAAAUAACCAAGAUCGUGCGGUACCCAGCAACUGUACAGUCACUAAAGGGCAUAGUAAGCGCUGGUGUGGCUAAGAGUGCACGCUACUCUGUAGCCAAGGUCAGCAAGUGGUGGAAAGGAACGUCUUUUUCGAGUUCGUCGUAGUGCGACGCAUAUGCUCAAGGUGACCCAGUGACUAUACACCACAUCUCCCAACUCCUACUCAACUGAUAUAGACGCCCCCCCUCCUUCCAUCCGUCGAAACAGGAAAAUUGUAGUUUUAUGGUAUAGCUGAGUAUUACACCGGAGGACUGAUAUCUUUACCUAGUCGGGCUGACGAUCUUUGUGUUGAAGUAUUUAUUUAAUUGUCGAGAAAAGAUUGGAGAAAGGGAUAAGAGUACAGAAGAACUGGCAGUACCAGCCCAGGGUAUUUAAAUUAGAACGAGUUAUUUGUGUCAAGCGUCUUGCAUCCCGGAUCUCGAGAUUCUAGCGGUGACUCCUGUCCGUGGACUGUUUCGCCGGUCAGAGUUGACCACACAUACUUACUUGGUACUUUUGUCCUGUCCGAUGACCGACCUCACUAUCCCUUCCGCUUGGAACAGUCUUGCCAAUUUGAUGUUUCACAUUUCUGCCUUGUUAUGCUC